AUGGACAGGCGGAGGCGGUUGAUUCGGGGCAAGAAGUCAUGCUGGAGCAAGCACGAGCGACACCAGUACUGGCAGGCAGGAGCGCACGUGGAGCCAUCUGCGGCGUUUAUGCGGCAGAAGACGGAGUAUGAGCGCAUGCACCAGCGAUGCACGGAGGGCAUCACUGACUGGAAGGCCUUUUACUUCAACCAGUCCGAGGGGCUGUCACCAUCAGCGGAUGUGGAAGGGUGCAAGUAUGCGUUUCUGAUUCCCGGCCAGUGGCACGGCCUGGGCAACCGCAUCAUGUCGCUGAUAUCCACCUUCACAUACGCCUUCAUCACGCAUCGAGCCAUCCUCAUGCCAGACGAUGGCCUCAUGCCCUCCCUGCUUUGCAACCCCUUCGCCCACUCCUCCUGGCUCAUCCCCGCCUCCCACUUCUGGAGCAUUAAGGCGGACAUAGAGAAGGGCCCUCGCAACCUGGCAGAGCAGGCGGACAGGCACUCUCGAGGGGUGUUCUGCCACCUGGACUGGGUAACGCCCGAGGAGGAGUGGACGUUCUUUUGCCGGCGCACACAGGAGGAGGUGGCGGAGAAACCCUUCAUGAUGUUCUGGAGUGACAUGUACUUCGUCCCUCCGCUCUACUUCGUGCCCUCCCUCGCGGCUCGUCUGGAGGUGCUGUUUCCAGAUCGCCGGGUCUUUACACACGUUGCACGCUACAUUCUCCUGCCGGCCAACUACCUCUGGGAUCGCAUUGUGAGGGCCUUCCACGGCCACAUGGAACAUCAGGACGUGCUUGUGGGCUUGCAGGUGCGCCCAGUAGACGAGACCCAGGAGGACAUCUUUGUCCGCGUGCUGACGUGUCUCAUCAGCACGCAGUACCUGCCAGCUGUCAUCCCGCCCGACCAAUGGCAGGCCAUGGCUGACGAUGUGGACGACGAGGGGUUGAGAGGGGCGCACGGGCAGUCAAUCGGUGUGUUCGUGGCAUCUCUAAAUGGCACCUAUGGUGCUCGCCUAGCCGCCCUCUACUCUCAAGGCAAACCGCAAUCAGCGCACACUGUGACGUUUCACAGCGAGUCUCAUGACUCAACGGAGAGGCAGGAGGACAGGCAGCAGUACGCAUCAGCGCUGGUCGAGAUGUUUCUCCUCUCCUUCUCUCACCGCCUCGUUGUCUCCGACUACUCCACCUUCGGGUACACGGCGGCAGCACUGGGAGCGCUGGAUCCAUGGUCGCUCAACAUUGUGAAGCGUGGGGAGGCGGACUGGCGCCGCAACAACCGCCCCGUCUGCCAGCGCACUGAGUCACAGCCGUGCUCCCUCUCCAUCCGCCCUAAGUUCACAUGCCCUGACGGCGACUCACACACGACGGAGAGCGAAGUGUCAUUCGUGCGGUCGUGCCCUGUGAUCGGUGCCGGGCUUCAUUUGGAGCUGCCUUCUCUACCCGACUCCUCGUGA